AACCUUGCAGAGGAGUAGAGCGGACCUUAGACUCUCCUGUUGAGAAUUCAAAGAUUCAUCUCUGAAGAAAACCAGGAGACACCAUGGGAGGCAAAGUGAGCAAGAAAAAGAAGGGGUCUGAGGUCAAUGACAUAAAAGACAAAACUGAGGAGGCUGUAGGAAGCCAGGUGGAGAAUCAGGAAGAGGCAAAGCCUGAAGUUGCUGCGGACAUUUCUGCUGAGCCCACAGUGGAGGCUGCGACUGUUUCACAAGAGGUUUCAUCAUCUCCAGACACCACAACAGAGGCAUCUAAAGAGGAAGUAGAGCAACCUGCACCUGAACCCCAAGAAGCCACCCAGGCCCCUGCUACAGAAAGCCAGGAGGUGACGAAUGCAGCAUCAGCAGAAGUCCCUGUUGUCACCUCCACUCCAGCUGAGACAGAGGAAGCCAUGAGCCCUGCAGCUGAGCCAGCUGCUGAUGCUCCAGCAGAGAAAAUGGAAACGAGCCCUGUGCCAGCAGCACCUGAGCCCAAACCAGAGACUGUUGCUCAACAAGAAGUCACCAUUGAAGAAAGCCUCACAGCAAAGAUAGGCGAAGCACCUGAGCCCAUUGCAGAUGAGGUACAAGAGGUGGUGACGGAGACAAAACCUGAAGAAGGAUCUGGCACUACAGAAGCUGAAAGUGCUCCAGAAUCCAUCCCAGAGCCUGUGCCUGAGGGUGAGACGGAAGUAACAUCUGAAACAGUCACACCUGCAGCACUUGAAGAUAACCUUGAGCAUGUACCCCAGCAAGAAGUCAAAGCUGAAGCGCUAAGCAGUGCUCUGAGCUCAGAAGCACCAGGUGAAGGCCUACAAGACCGUGAAGAGGCAGCUUCUGCUGUAGCAACAGAGCCAGUCCCAGAUGUGGCUGUUUCAGACUUGAUUACUACUAUAGUCAGCGAGACGGUGGAGGCAGCUGACAACACUGCAGAGGUGCCUACCCCCUCACCUGCAGAGAUUGAGGCCACGGCUAAUCCAGACGUGGCAGCAGAUGAUGCCGGACCUCUGAGCGAGGAGGUGAAGAUGGAGAAUGGAGACUGUGAAAUCGCUGACUCCUCAGAAGAGGCAGCCGGGCCCGCCACACUUGAGCAGACUGGAGAGUGUCAGGAACAAGCACCAGACCCAGCUUUUGAAAAAUUCACAGAAGAAUGCAUCAAUGGAAUUGGCAUACCUGACGAGCCUGCCAAAGAGCAAUCUGACUGUGAAUUAAAGAAGGACUUGAACCUGACAGCUGACACAGAGCUCCCUGGAGCCAUUGGUGAGAUGGCUGAAGCCGUAAGUGCCGCUGUGAAUCAGGUUGUUGACCUUGUGUGAAAAACUAAUAUAAAAUUAAUUUGAUAACAAUACUUAUAUUUUAAAAAAACACAGGCUUCUGAAAAUAAAUGUUGAAAUGCCUAUUAUGGUAACUCAGGCCAAGGAAUUUCUGGUUAACCAAAAAAGAAAUACAACCACUGAAAUCAAAAGAGAAGGAACAAGGAAAUGAGUGUUUGCUUUAUGUGAGAGAAGCAGGCAGUGUUUGCAGUGCGUAAAGUGGAAAGCCAGUCAUUUUGAGAGAUGCCUACUGAAAACUUUAAACUGGACAGCACAACAAAAACUGGACACCCAUAUUGGAAAUAACAAAUGGAAUGAAUAGUCUUGUCUUUGUGUCUCAUCCUGUUGAAUAUUAAAAAUGGUUUAUUGGUUUAGCAUUUAAUAGUAUAUAAUCUAAUAUAGACUUUCGCAUAUCCUUCCCUUAACUCUGUAAAAAAAAAAAAUAAAGGGAGAAAAGUGAAAUUUUCACGAUGGGAGAAAAACAGUGAGGAAUGUUCAUAUUAACUUGACAGCUUGGCUUAGAAAAUAAAAAAGAUUGUUUUACCUUAAA